AUGGGGCUGGUGGAGUUGGAGCUGGAGGCGCUGGAGCUGUUCCUGCUGGUGGUGCUGCACGAGUUGGAGCUGGAGGCGCUGGAGCUGUUCCUGCUGGUGGUGCUGCUAGUGCUGGAGCUAGUGGUGCUGCAAGAGUUGGAGCUGGAGACCCUGGAGCUGGGGGUGCUUGAGCCGUCUUUGCUGAUGGCACUUCGUCCUUCCUCUGUUCCACUGCGUGUCCCUCUGCCGUCUCCUCCUGCGUCCUCCCUUUCUGACGGUCCGGACCCCGAGUGUGACUCACUUCGUGCUGCCAGCCCUACCAUCACGCGUCUACUAGCUACUGUUGUCACUGACCCUUCCUUUGAGUCCACUGCUGCGUCUGCCUUAGUUGCUGAGCUUGUCGACUUUGCUGCUCACUGUCGUCUAGACUACGCCGCUAGUCUUGUUGCUGUGUCUGAGUCUGUGUGUCCUCCGUCCGUCGGGGGUGAGUGUGCUCUUGGCACGGACGUCCUUGAGGACAGGCAGGAGGACUUUGAGUACUUUGCAACUGCUGUACCUCAUCUCGUGUCCAUGCUGAGUGCACCUGAGGGAGACCCGGAUGCACCAGACAUCCCGACCUCGCGCUCUUAUGCAGAGGCGAUAGAGGGUCCUUACUCCUCUCAGUGGCAGUCAGCCAUGGACGCAGAGAUGGCAUCCUGGAAGGUGAAGCGGCCGCCGGGUUCUCCGCCUGUCUUCAAGGCGCGUUACGUUGCUCGAGGCUUCAGUCAGCGAAAGGGAGUUGACUUCUUCCAGACCUUCUCCCCGACCCCGAAGAUGACCACUCUUUGGGUUUUGCUGCACGUCGCCGCUCAAUGUGACUACGAGCUUCACUCUCUUGACUUCAGCACUGCUUUCCUACAGGGCAGCCUGCACGAGGAGAUCUGGCUGCGCCGCCCACCUAACUUCACUGGGUCGUUUCCUCCUGGUACCUAG